AUGCAAGAAAAGGAAAAGUGAAAAAGUGGAAAACAACAACAGAAAAGGGGAAAAGUAAGAAAGAGGAGAGGGUUUUAAGAGAGAGAGAGAGAGAGAGGGUUCUUCACUCCCAACACCCUCACUCCGACACCGCCAUUGUCGUAAUACCUCUCAUUCUUUCUCCAUGCCCAUGGACUUCCGCCACCACUCCCCCAUACUACUCUUUUCAGCGUCAUUGUUCUUCACGGCGGCGUUUUCCCUCGGCAUCAACUACGGCCAGAUCGCCAACAACCUCCCCCACCCUGAAGCGGUUGUCCCACUAGUCAAAUCCAUUGGCGCCACCCGUGUCAAGCUCUACGACGCCGAUCCGCGAGUUCUCAAGGCCUUUGCCAACACCGGCGUCGAGUUCAUCGUCGGCCUCGGCAAUGAAGACUUGGCCAGAAUGCGAGACCCGAAGCAAGCCCAAGCUUGGGUGAAGACCAACGUCCAGCGCUACUUACCCGCUACAAAUAUUACCUCCAUUGCCGUCGGCAACGAGGUUCUCACAUUCAACGACUCUACUCUCUCCACCAACCUCCUUCCCGCCAUGGAAAGCGUCCACUCCGCCCUCGUUUCCCUCAACCUCGACAAGCAGGUUAUGGUGACCACCGCCCACAAUUUGGGCAUUCUAGAGGUUUCUUAUCCUCCCUCCGCCGGCGCAUUCCGCCGAGAUCUGACUCAAAAGCUGUCCUGCAUUCUCGAUUUCCACAGCAAAGUGGGCUCCCCAUUCUUAAUCAAUGCCUAUCCUUUCUUCGCCUACAAGGCGAACCCCAAACAAGUGUCAUUAGACUUCGUCCUGUUCGAGACGGGCUCCGGGAUGGUGGACCCGGCUUCGGGACUGCAUUACGAUAACAUGUUCUAUGCCCAAGUUGACGCGGCCCAUUCAGCUGUGGAAAAGCUUGGGUACAAAAACGUGUGUUUGCAGAUCUCAGAAACGGGGUGGCCGUCGAAGGGUGACGCCGAUGAGUUCGGGGCGACGCCGGAAAACGCCAGGAAGUAUAACGGGAACUUGAUGAAGUUGAUUGCUGAUAAGAAGGGGACGCCGAUGAGGCCGAAUUCGGACUUGAACAUCUACGUUUUUGCUUUAUUUAACGAGAACGAGAAGCCCGGCCCGACUUCUGAGAGGAACUUCGGGCUAUUCAAGCCGGACGGGACGCCAGUGUAUAAUCUGGGUUUCAAUACGACGGGGUUGAUUAGUACUAACACGUCGAGCUCCGCUGGCAGCUCAGGCGGUACGACAUCAUCUGGGUCCUCGCCGGCGGGAACCGGGACCUCUUCUAACGGUUACUUAUCCAUUACUGCAGAUGACGCGGAGAGACUUCCUUCCCAAUGGUCAUUAUCUUUUUUGUGCCUGAUAGUUUCAACCGUACUAGCAUUCCAACUCUGACUGUAAAGAACUCAAAAGGAUUCAUCUACAAAGAAUCAUAGGGGAAAAAGAGGAGCAACAGAGAUCUUCAGGGUUAGGAAAAGGCAGAUUCCGUUGCUUUAUUCACUUUGGAAUCGUCAUCUUCUUUCUUCAACUAGAGCAUGAAAGGCGCAUCAAAGGCAACUUCCUCGUCUUAAGAUCUUGCAUUUGUGUUUGGUGUCAAGUCAGGCCAACUGGUCUCACAUCCUUUUGGUUCUAUCAUCAAACAUUUAGGAGGGGUGGCUGAAUUAUUGACGAAGAUGCAUUGCUCUUUUCUCUUUUAGGUUGGCAUUGUGUCAUGCUUUUUCCUCUCUGUAUUUUUGUCUAGUGUAUGAGUUCUCAAAGCAGUGAAGCACAUAUUCGGUCUAGAUUAGAUGCGCCGACCGACCCCAUUAUUAUUCAAUGUUUUUCUUUACUUGAUAUCAGUGUUUUUGGCAAACAGGGAUCCUAGGAUGUCAUGUUGGAGAUAUUUGUUUAAUGACAAGAUUCUCAUUGAAAUCCA